AUGCAUGGCGGUUGGUUUGGUUUUGGGUCAGGACAUAAUGGACGGAAAUACGAAGAAAAAGGCUGGCAUGAUUCAUGGCAUUCAGGGACUGCCGGAAAUGACAGGAAAGUUGAUAACUGGGGUGGUAAAAAUUUACAUAAAUGGUCUUGGGGUAACGGUGGUGCACAAGGUUGGGGUUCAUGGGGCAAAAAUAUGGGUAGGCAAACUGCUGGAUAUAUUAGAGAUGGUUAUGGAAAUGCUGAAGGCAAUCGGAAUCGGAAUCAGUAUGAAUUUAGUAAUUUUUAUGGCUCAAACGAUUGUUGUCAUGAAAUGAUCUUUGGUGGUAGUAGACCAGAUCAAGGUUACACUGAAUGGGGUAAUGUAAACUCUGAUACUUGGAAAAAUACCGCUGGAGGAGAAGGUUGGAGCAAAUGGACAGAUGAUCAAGAACAAGGAAGAGGAGGUCGAGGACAAGGUGGAUGGAAAGGUUGGAAAAGUGGUUCCGGUAGUGGAACCUGGGAUACCUGGAAAAAUACCAACAAACCAUUAAUAUCUGCUAAAGCACAAGCAUUUGCAUCCUCUUCUAUUGAUCCAUAA